GAGUCUCUUCAAGGAAACACGAGACCAUGCCUCGCAAUUCUGAGCUAUUUUAGGGUACUUUGUCUUCUCUCCCUUUUCUUUCUUCCAUUUCCGAAGCUUCCUUUUCUUCUCGUACAAACAAGCUUACGUACAUAUACGUGUGUAUAUAUGUACGCACAAAGGAGUCAGAAUCUAGAUUUUGUUGGUUAUUGAUUAGGGUUUUGAAAGUACCAAGGAAUCAGUGACGAAAGCCAAUAUGUGGCGUCCUCAAUGAAACAGGUACUGAAAUUUGGCUUUAAUUCGGUUCUGUCGUGGUUAGUAUUUCGUGUCUGUUACUAUGGCGGCAGCGAAUCCGCAGCCUCUGCAGGCGCGACCGUUUGAGGACCGUCCGGCCCCGCGCGUUCCAAUACAAAUCGAUGACGACGAUGGCGGGGAGUACGAUGACGGAGAUGAUGCCAUGGACGAAUUGGAGGAGGCGAGCGUGGCAGAGCAGCAUGCUGGAGUAGGUUCUGGUGGAGGUGUGGUUAUGGCCUCGAGGACUAGUGAGCUUACGCUUUCUUUUGAGGGAGAGGUCUAUGUGUUUCCCGCCGUUACACCUGGAAAGGUGCAAGCAGUGCUUUUGCUUCUGGGAGGGCGUGAUAUACCUACUGGUGUUCCUACAAUUGAAGCACCUUAUGAUCAAAAUAGCAGGGGUGUGGGCGACACUCCAAAGCGCUCAAAUCUCUCAAGAAGAAUAGCCUCCCUGGUUAGGUUCCGUGAGAAACGUAAGGAGAGAUGUUUUGAAAAGAAAAUUAGAUACACUGUGCGGAAGGAAGUUGCACAAAGGAUGCAUCGUAAGAAUGGACAAUUUGCAUCCCUAAAAGAAGGUUCGGGUGGAUCAAGUUGGGAUUCUGCACAGAAUUUGCUUCAAGAUGGCACUCCACGUUUGGAAACUGUAGUUCGCAGAUGUCAACAUUGUGGUGUUAGUGAAAAUAAUACUCCUGCAAUGCGUCGUGGGCCAGCUGGACCAAGGACUUUAUGCAAUGCAUGUGGGCUUAUGUGGGCCAAUAAGGGAACACUCAGAGAUCUCGGUAAGGGAGGAAGGAGUCUUUCUAUGGACCAGAUUGAACCUCAAACACCACUUGAUGUUAAGCCUUUAAUUGUGGAAGGAGAAUUCUCUGGCCACCAGGAUGACAACGGAAACCCCAAAGGUUCUUCAAAGGCAUUUACUAUAGGAUCCAACAAUCAGUCUGUCAAUCCUGAUGAAGAAGAUUUGCAUGAAGCCACUGAAGAUCUUUCAAAUACUUUGCCCAUGGGAAUUGUCCAUUCAUCUGCUGAUGAUGAUGAGCAGGAACCACUGGUCGAGCUUCCUAGUCCUUCAGAUACAGAUAUUGAUAUUCCUGCUAAUUUUGAUUAGAAGAUGGUCAAAGUAAUGCUCUUAUAAGGGUAAUUAGCAUAUAGGGAGACUGGAGUUGUAACAUGAAACAAUGUCUUUUAAUUGCAAGUACCACAAUGAUCUCAUGACCGGAAAAGAUGUGCUGCUCCUGUAGCUGACAUAAGGUAAUCAAGCACUGGCUUCUUGUCGAUAAAAGCCCGGGUAAACCCUCGUUAGGUCAUGUACCAUAUAAUUUUAAUUUCAGGCCUGUAUAAGUUGCUGCUUGUUUUUAACAUGAUCGGAGGUGAUUGUAGUGUAACCUUUGGUAGGAUUGAUAGGUUAACAAAUGAUUGCAAUGAGAUUAUUUAUCAAUAGCUAGAAUUAUUGUGUAUA